AUGUCGUUCUCUCCAUCUGUCGAGAAUUCAUCGUCACCGGCCAAGGAGAGCCUCGAUGAGCCUGGAUCAGCUCAUCUUGGUACUCACAACCUCGCCUUGCACGAGAAGUCGACGUCAGAACGGGUUUCCAGAACCAUGGAAGAGCGCGAUGCGCUCCCCUUAGAAAUCCGCAAACGACUGAUUCUUCAAGAGGGCUAUGACGAUGAACUAGUUUGGACUCAGGCCGAAGAGUUCAGGCUCCGAAGGCGGACCGACUUUCUGGCACUCAUCCCUGCCAUGGUCGUGUUUAUCACCCUGUCUCUGGACAGAAGCAACGUCGCCAACGCUCUCACCGACAACUUUCUGCGCGAUCUUGGCAUGAGUCAAAACCAGCUCAACAAUGCCACUACCAUCUUCAACGUCGGUAUCAUCGUGUUUGAAAUUCCUUGGAACAUCCUUGCCAAACGCUUCGGCCCCAAUCGCUUCUUACCCAUCACCGUUAUUUCGUGGGGUGCAGUCACCAUUGGCCAGGCAUGGAUCACCAACCACCAUCAGCUUUACGUCACCAGAGCCUUGGUUGGUACCUUUGAGGCAGGAUUCAUCCCUGGCUUUGCCUACUACCUAGGCCGCUUCUAUCGUCGAGACGAGCUGGCGGCGCGCUACGCCUUGUUCUGGAGUGCCAACAAUAUUGCCAGCUGCAUUGCUGGAAUUGCGUCGUUGGGCAUCCUCCAAUUGCGCGGAACUGCUGGCCUACCAGGAUGGUCCUGGCUGUUCAUUAUUGAAGGCAUCCUCACUGUAGUUGCAGGCAUUUUUGCUCUGCUUUGGUUCCCAGACGCUACCGUUGCUCCAAAACGGUCCAAGUGGCGUCGCGCAUGGUACACCGAACGCGAGGGAAGGAUCAUGAUGACGCGUGUGCUCGUCGACGAUCCUACCAAGUGCAACGAGGUGCAGAAGGGCAAGAUCACCUUUUCCGACAUCCUCAACACCGUUUCGGAUUGGCGAGUGCUGUUGAUCGUCUUUUCGGCUCUCUCUGGUAUGAUCUCUACAGCACCGGUUGGCACCUACGUGCCCUUUAUCAUCAAGCAGCUUGGUUUCCGCGGUUACAGUGCCAACGGCUUGGCUGUUCCAGGCUACAUCGCAGGUAUCGUUCUCAGCUUAACAGCCGGGGUCUGCGUUAGCAAGUGGGGCAAUCAUGCAUACUGGGUGGCAGCGUAUAUGCUGGGAAGCAUCGUUGGCUUCCUAUGGAUUUCGCUGCCGCCCCAUGGCACCUCCCGUUCUGUCUUGCUAGUAGGUGCUCUACUCAUGACUGCAUUCAGUGCUUCUUUUGUCGGCAUCAUGGGUUCUUGGGUCAGCAACAAUGUGCACUCGCGCCAACGUCCGAUCAUACUUGCUCUCUUGGUCAUGGCGAAUAACGCAGCAGGCUUAGCGGGCGCACAGGUACUUCGGGCCAAGGAUGCUCCCCGCUACAAACAUGGCUUUCUUGCGCUGGUUGGCACAUCGGGCUUCGGUGCCUUGUUGGCUUUGUUAGCUGGAUACGCAUUGCGAAACCGUAAGCGCACCUUGCACUGA